AGCAAAUAUUAUAUACUAGUCUGUUCAAGUGAAGUGUAGACACAGUUUGGUGCAUUGAAAUUUCCUUUUCAAAAAAAAAAAAUUAAGUUUACAAAUAUUCAAUACCGCAAUGGGUUGUCCGGCUUGUUGUAAAGAUUGCAAAUGCUCUUCAGCCAAGUGCGGCGAUGGCUGCCCCUGCGACCAACAGUGCACAUGUAAGUGCAAGGUCGGUUGCAAGAAUGACUGUUGCAAGAAGUAAAUCUGGUGAAAUACUAGAAGCUUCUUAAAUAAAUGUCAACAAAUAAUGAACAUGUUAUAACUGUAACAAAGUAA